AUUCAUUUUCACAUAAACAACUAUAUAUUUUAACUUAAAUGAAUUCAUCCAAAUCAAUUCUCUAUUAAAGCAGUGGCUUAUCACUCUUUCUCUAUACCUCACAACAUAAACAAUAAACAUACAAAAAGGAAAAACCAGAAAUGAGUUACAUUACUGACAAAAAGCCACAUGUUUUGUUGAUUCCAUAUCCAGCUCAAGGCCAUAUCAAUCCAUUGUUGAAACUAGCAAAAAUUCUUCACUUUAAAGGCUUUCACAUAACCUUUGUCAACACUGAAUACAAUCACAAACGUUUGGUCGAAUCAAAGGGUCCUAAUUCUCUUGAUGGUUUCACUGACUUUAACUUUGAGACUAUACCAGAUGGUUUCACUCCAAUGGAAGGUGAUGAUGAUGUUAGUCAAAAAAUAUUGUCUCUUUGUGAAUCAAUCAGAAAGAACUUCCUCGAACCCUUUCACAAACUUCUUGCUAAACUUCAUGAUUCAGCCAUUGCUGGUUUUAUUCCACCACUUACUUGCAUAGUUUCUGAUUAUAGCAUGAGCUUUACUAUACAAGCUUCUGAAGAACUUUCUCUCCCUAUUAUUCUCUUUAGUCCUGCCAAUGCAUGUAAUUUCUUGUGUAGUUUGCACUUACCAACAUUGUUUGAAAAAGGUCUCAUACCACUAAAAGAUAAGAGUUAUCUGACAAAUGGAUAUUUGGAAACUAAAGUAGACUGUAUUCCAGGACUGAAAAACUUUAGACUGAAGGAUUUGCCUGACUAUGUAAGGAUUACAGAUCCUAAUGAUUCCUUGGUAGAGUUUAUCAUCGAAUCGAUUGAUAGAGCUCCCCGAGCCGCGGCUAUUAUUUUUAAUACUUCUAAUGAACUUGAGAAUGAUGCAAUGAAUGCACUAUCCUCUAUGUUUCCUUCUAUUUAUGCCAUUGGCCCUUUAUCUUCAUAUUUAAAUGAAAGUUUGCAGAAUCACUUGGUAUCUUUAAGUUCCAAUCUUUGGAAAGAAGAUACCAAGUGUCUUGAAUGGCUUGAAUCUAAGGAACCAAAGUCUGUUGUUUAUGUAAAUUUUGGGAGCAUGACGGUUAUGACUUUGGAGAAACUGUUAGAGUUUGCUUGGGGUUUGGCUAAUAGCAAAAAACCAUUUUUGUGGAUCAUUAGGCCUGAUCUUGUCAUUGGUGGCUCUGUGGUUUUGUCAUCUGAGUUUGUGAAUGAAAUAUCAGAUAGAGGCCUAAUAGCAAGUUGGUGUCCACAAGAGAAAGUUUUGAACCACCCUUCAAUUGGUGGAUUCUUGACUCAUUGUGGAUGGAAUUCAACCACUGAGAGCAUAUGUGCUGGAGUUCCAAUGUUGUGUUGGCCAUUCUUUGCUGAACAGACGGCAAACUGCAGAUAUAUUUGUAAAGAAUGGGAGAUUGGACUUGAAAUUGAUACUAAUGUGAAGAGAGAAGAGGUGGAGAAGCUGGUCAAUGAAUUGAUGGUGGGAGAGAAAGGAAAGAAGAUGAGACAAAAGUCAAUUGAGUUGAAGAAGGUGGAGAAGGACACAAGACUUGGAGGUUCUUCAUACAUGAACUUGGACAAAGUGAUUAAUGAGGUCUUGCUAAAACAAAAUCAAACAUAAGUUUGGAAAGAAAGACUUAUUUUUCACACUAUCUUGAAUUUGAAUUCCAUUAUCAUGUCAAAGAUCCAUUUUGCAACAAAUAAUUUUUUUUUUGCUGUGUGAACUACUAGUUUAAAUUAAAAUUCUCCUGUAUCAUACAAGAUUGAAAUAGUUUUUGUUAGGAACAAUCAUUUUUAUUUUAUGUCUACCUAUGUUCUUAAGUGUGAACUUCAACAUUUUAGUGAGUAUAAUUGUUAUGAUGCAUUCACUUAUGUUGAGUAUGCAAUUAUGUAUAUUUUUUAUUUUCUAAA